CUGAGAGUAAAGAAGGCGAUUGAUAAGUCCAAGACGGGGUUCACUGACAGUGAAAAGAAAAUUAUCCUGGAUGCCCACAAUAAAGAGAGGCGAAUUUCGGGUGCCAGUGAUAUGAUGAUUUUAAAAUGGGAUGACGCCCUUGAGAAGUUCGCCCAGACGUGGGUGUCGAAAUGUAAUUUCACCCACCAAUCUGAAGCCGAAAGAACGAACGUUUCAAAUUUCCCUGUGGUUGGGGAAAACCUCGCAGCAUCAACCGACGCAUCGGGAUAUCCUGCAGGGGCUGUGAGCCAGUGGAAUGGCGAGAAGGCGGACUACAUCUACGACACCAACAGCUGCUCUAAAACUUGCGGGCAUUACACGGCAGACGUCUGGGCCACGACGAGGUCCGUUGGUUGUGGAAUCAAGUACUGUGACCCACUGCAAGGCGUUAAAUGGCCCGGGUAUUUCGUCGUCUGCAACUACGGCCCUGGCGGGAACUACGUCGGCCAGAAGCCGUACAAAAAGGGAGCAGCUUGCUCGGAAUGUCCAAGCGAUGCCAAGUACUGCAUCGACGGCCUGUGCUCC